AUGGCAGAUAACAUCGACAACAAGGCCAUCUCGGCGCACAACGAAAUCGAGAGCUUGAACCUGCCCCCUACUCCACACAAAUUCAGAUUUUCGGAAAAGUCCAAGCACCAGGAUGGUGAUGUCGCCUUGAAGCUGUUCACCGAUGCAGACGAUCUACAUAUCCCGAUUGACGAGGCGGAAGAAAAGAAACUCAUUCGAAAGAUCGACUUCUUGAUCCUUCCGCUGAUCGCUGUCAACUAUGCCUUCUUCUAUAUCGACAAGACGACCCUGUCAUACGCCGCCAUCUUCGGCAUUCGCGACGAUCUCAACCUCCACGGAACCCAGUACAGUUGGCUCAGCAGUCUUUUCUACUUUGGCUUCCUGGCGUGGGCAUUUCCCACCAAUUUCUUGAUGCAAAGACUUCCUUUGGGCAAAUACCUUGGCGUCAAUAUAUUCAUGUGGGGAUUCUUUCUCAUGCUUCAGGCUGCUUGUAGCAGUUUCGCUACCCUCGGUGUCCUGAGAGCCCUUGCCGGCGCUGCUGAAGCCUGCUCGGACCCUUCUUUCAUGCUCAUUACCUGCAUGUGGUACACCCGACGCGAGCAGCCACUGCGCAUCGGACUAUGGUACACGGCAAAUGGUCUCGGCAUCGCCCUGGGUGGCCUUCUCGGCUACGCCAUCGGUCACAUCAGAGGUGCGUUGGCAUCCUGGAGGUACGAGUUCAUCAUCAUCGGGGCGCUAUGUUGCGCUUGGGGAAUUGUCAUCGCCAUCUUCAUGCCAGACAGUCCCGUCACGGCCAAAUUCUUGAAUGAUCGAGAGAAGAGAAUUGCUGUUGAACGGCUCAUGAGCAAUCAAACCGGUGUGGAAUGUAAAAUUCUAAAGGCAUGCAAACCAUACCAGAUCUGGGAAGCCUUCACGGACAUCAAACUGUACCUGUUCUUCAUGCUGGGCGUUGUCGGAAACAUACCCAACGGUGGCAUAUCGAAUUUCGGUACUCUUAUUAUCAAAGGCUUUGGGUUUUCGACCCUCGUCACCACGCUUAUGCAGAUCCCAUAUGGCUUCUUCAUUAUCUUGUCGAUAUUGACAUGCGUCUUCUUGAACAAUCGCUUCCCCAACAACAACCGCUGCAAGUUCAUUUUGCUAUUCCUGUGCCCCAACAUCGCAGGCGCCUUUGGGCUUUGCUUUGUUGACGAAAAGCACCACGUUGGGCGGUACUUCUGCUAUCUGCUCACUGGGCCGUACAAUGCGGCGUUUGUGAUGAUUCUGUCGCUCCAGAUUGCCAACACUGCGGGGCAUACAAAGAAAGUGGUUACCAACGCUGUUUUGUUCUUGGGAUAUUGUACUGGAAACAUUGCCGGACCGUUCUUCUACAAGACCGAUCAAGCCCCUGAAUAUACCUUGGGCAUUUGGAGCAUGAUUGUCAGUCAUCUCCUCGAAGUCUGUAUCAUCAUCGUCUUUUGGGUCUUGAUGAAGUAUGAAAACGCACGUCGCGACAAGAUUCAGGGGCACCACGAACGGGACCUCGACGCCACCGCGUUUGGCGACUUGACGGACCGGGAGAAUCUGAACUUUCGGUACAUCUACUGA